CCCCCGGAGAGAGGGAUGGAGGCGCCGCUGGUGCGGGACUCUCCGCGCCGGGUGCCGGGCAGCCCGCCUCCGCCGCCGUUCCCGGGCCCCCCUCCGCAGCCUCCGCCGUCGCCCCCGACCCUCCUGCCGCCCCCGCCCGCGCCCCCGCCGCCGCCUCCAGCGCCUUCCACCGCGGGGAAACAGCCGCAGCGGGAGGAGAAAAGAGCGGCGCUGAGUAAAGUAGUUAUACGCCGGCUGCCUCCUAGUUUUACCAAGGAGCAACUGGAAGAACAACUCCAUCCUCUUCCUGCUCAUGAUUACUUUGAAUUUUGUACUUCGGAUCCCAGUCUUUAUCCUCAUCUCUACUCAAGGGCGUAUAUCAAUUUCAGAAAUCCUGAUGACAUCCUUCUCUUUAGAGAUCGCUUUGAUGGAUAUGUCUUCAUUGACAGUAAAGGUUUAGAAUAUCCUGCUGUGGUUGAGUUUGCACCAUUCCAAAAGAUUUCUAAAAAGAAGCUGAAGAAGAAAGAUGCUAAAGCUGGAAGCAUAGAAGAUGAUCCAGAAUAUAGAAAAUUUUUAGAAAGUUAUUGUGCUGAAGAAGAAAAAAUAAGUGCCAACCCUGAGACCCUGCUAGGAGAAAUUGAAGCAAAAACAAGGGAACUCAUUGCUAGAAGAACAACACCACUUUUGGAAUAUAUUAAAAAUAGAAAAUUAGAAAAACAGAGAAUCCGAGAAGAAAAAAGAGAAGAACGAAGAAGAAGGGAAUCGGAGAAGAAACGGCUAAGAGAGGAUGAAAAACGGAAGCGCAGAGAGGAAGAAAGACGUAAAAGAAAAGAAGCUGAAAAGCAAAAGAAAAUUGCUGAAAAAGAAAUAAGGAUAAAGCUUCUUAAGAAGCCAGAGAAAGGAGAUGAGCAAACCUCAGAAAAGCACAGAGAAAAAGAAAAAGCUGACAUCGACGACAGCAAAUGGGAGAAGUCACCAGGACACGGGAAUAUAAAAUCCAAGCCACAGGAAGGUUCACUAAAGGAAGUUAAAGAAAAAUCACAGAAUGAUAGUGAUAAAGAACAACGAGAUUCAGACAGAAGAUUUCGCGACAAAGAACCUGAGAGACAAAGGUAUCGGUUGGAAGACGGCCGAAAGCACAGAACUCACUAUGAAUUUGACAAGUUUGUGAGAAGAAAUGAUGAUGAGGUGAAGUGGGGAAAAGGAUACAACCAAGAUCGAGGGAAGAAAGUGAACUACAACUACAGCUUCACUGUGGACACAGUAGACAAACUGGGUAAAGAGGACAAGUGUGAUGACAUGGCAUCCAAAAAGGAGCGCAUAAGAAAUAAGGAUCGACCAGCAAUGCAACUGUACCAGCCAGGAGUUCGCAUUCGAACACCUACGGGGUGUUCAAAUAGGUCCUAUGACUGUGCUGAGAAAUAUCCUGAAGAGGCUUAUGACAGAAAGUAUGAGGCAGACAAUUCACCAGGAGGUGGCUCCGAGAAGAGUGAAGAUGUAGAAUAAAAACAACAUGGACAGAAACUUCAAUAUUAAGAUUUAGUGUCUGUCUCCAAAUUCUAUGUGUUUAGAACUGGACUAGUGUUAUUAUUAUAGUUUCUAGCAGUAGUUUGGGCUCCAUGCCCAAAUGUAGUUUAUGUGUUAGGGAAAGGAUUUGUUGGUGUUAUGCAAAAUGAGAAGAACAUUUGUUCUCUUUUCAACUGUGGGUCUUCUCUGUGCACAUGGGAAAAAAAUUAUAUUUCCAUACUGCAAAUGGGUGCAUAUUUGAUUGUAUGUUAUGAUAAUAAUCACUAAAAUAUAAUCCACCAGGGUGAGUUUUAUCAGCAUUAUCAUUGACAUACUACACAAUCAAAUAGCUCCCCCAAUUGAAAUGGUGGUCUUAUGAUCAUAUGCGUAGGUUUGAGAUGCCGAAAGGGCAUGAAUAGGACAAUCUAGUGAACAGAAUGUAGAAUUUGAUUUUUGAUAGCUCUUAGCGUGUUUGCAUUUUGUAUAAAACACUCCAGAAAAUGUUACAGCACUUCCAUUCAGUUAAAUGAGCAGAAUAUUUUAAAGUCUGUUUCCGUCAGAUUUGAGGCAUUUGAUUGUGUUCUAUAAACUGCAUUAACUACAGAGGCCCCGUCCUGGAAAGUAAAGAAGAAACAAAGCCUUAUAAAGAGGGUAACUGUUUUUAUAUCUGUGAAGAGGGAGUAAAAAGGACACAUAUACUGGUAAUAUUUUCCCUGAUCAGGUUCAUAGUUCAGGUUAAAGUAAGUUAAUGAAUGCAAUGCUAUAUAACAAACUUUAGCAACUGAGCCCAUCUUUUUAUUGAACUGAAACAUGUACUUUUGAUUAGGAACAUAUAUUUCAAUUAUUAUGGAAGAGCCCCACUCAACUUAUGUCAGGAUCAUGAGUGGUUACAAGGUACUUUGUAGAAUGAGGUUCAUAAUUUGCACAUCUGUAUCCACUGUCACAUCUUUCAGUAAUUUAUUUUUGCAAGGGUUCCCCUGUAAUUCCUUGGAGGACUACACCUUUGUGGGAGGUAUGCAACCUAUGAGUCGGCCUUUCCCUACUACUCGUUUAAAGCACAGCAUGUGCACAUAGAAGAGGUGUUCUUGACCCUUUCUAUUUGUAGCAACAGUUUUUCUCCUAGUCAGAUUGGUCAGUCCUACUCCAGUUACUUGGAGUAGAUAAACAUUUUCAGGGGAGAAAGUGUGGGCAGUGGUCACCAGUACCUUAUUAGGAAUUCAAAUGUCACCUAUGUCUACCAUGGAUCUGCCACAAUAAUUUAUUCUUCAGUUUGCUAAUCCAUCAAGUAAGUGUCAACAAUGCAUUUGUUUUGUUCGUUUCAUUUUAUUUUGGUUUCUGAACUGACUCUGCCUGUAUGUUUAAACCAGAAAAAGUCUAAAAUUGUUGCAUCUACCUUUCAUGAGAUAGCAUUUUAAAAUGUUUUUGUCACUUUUUAAUGUGUCAUUUUAUCAAUGUUUUGUAUGCUAAUAUCUUAUAAAAUAUUUUCUCACAUGUCACCAGUGGAUAUGGAAAUACUGAUAUGUAAAUGAGCAAUGAAACAAAGUAUGUCAGAGGGAGAACAAACAGUGGCAGCUCAUCUCUGAAAGCACUUCUUUUAUACACCUUUGUGCUUUUCUAGUGUCUUUAAUAGGCAACGGAAGAGCAUCACUUUGAUACUGCUGACAUUUUGUUUGUCUAAACAUAUAAUUUAUUUUACUACUUUUUUACAUCUUGUCUCGACCUUUUAUUCCUUAAUCAUAUUGUCAGCAUCCAAUUGUUCUAAUGUAAAUAAAGGUGAUUUUCUGGAAUUUCAGCCAGUGGAAGAAUAAACUAAAACAUGAUCAUCUGGGAAA